AUGGCUUCUUUCCUACACAACUUCUCAUCUGUGUUGAUUUCCAUGGUUCUCAUUUUCUUGCUUGUGGUUCCAUCUUUAAUGUGCCACUCAAUGGAGGAAAAAGAUCUUCAGCACAUUUGCUCCAAAACCCAGAAUCGUACAGAGUGUUUGAAUCUGUUUAAAUCAGAUCCCAGAAGCUUGAACACAGAUAUAAAGGGCCUAACAGGAGUUGCAGUCGACCUGGCGUUGAACAAAUCCAAUGCAGUCCACACCCAGUACAAUCAACUUUACACGGACACCAAGAAUUCUGAAAUGCAGGAGAAAUAUAUUGCUUGCUCCAAGAAUUACAAUGAUGCCAUUCGUGAUCUUCAGGUGGUGAAGAAGUAUUUAGAUAUUAAUCGUACUAGGUUCAUUUCUGUUGAAAUAAACGAUGCCCUGCAAGAAGUUAUGAGUUGCAGAAAUGUUUUAAAGAAGGAACCAAUCGACCCGGCCAAUAUGGAUUACCAGAACGAGGAAUUCAAGCUUCUUUGCUACAUGGUUAAGGUCACUUCCCACUAUUUGAUCCAGAAGUAA